AUGGGCGGCUCGCGCCGCCGGGACCACGCAGAGUUUUGGAGUUCUGACAUGAAAAAGACAUCGACGCUUCUGGCGGCCGUUUCGCUGGCCGUCCUGACGAGUGCCGGCGCGGCAAUGGCGGCCGAUGCCGUCGCCCUUCCGCCCGAGCCGCCGGCAGCCCCGCCGGUUGAAUUCACGCCCACCGCCACCUGGUCCGGCUUCUAUGCCGGCGCAUUCGGCGCCUACAAUUUCGGCCAGUUCGACGCCUCCAUUGGUGACAUCAAUGCCGACGGCGCCGCGGGCGGCGCUUUCGCAGGCAUCAAUUUCCAGGACGGCGCGUUCGUCUACGGUGCCGAGGCCGAUCUUGGCUAUUCGGGCGCACAGGGCACGCUGGGCGGCGCGCUCGCCGAGCAGGGCGUAUUCGGUUCGCUGCGCGCACGCGUCGGCUACUCGUUCGACCCGUUCAUGAUCUACGCGACCGCCGGUGGCGCGGCCACGCAGGCGAAGGUGACAGCCGGCGUGAACUCCGAUGAGAACACCCAUCUGGGCUGGACCGCCGGUGUCGGCGCGGACGCCAUGCUGACCGACAAUGUGUUCGGCCGGCUGGAAUACCGCUACACCGACUAUCAGGACAAGAAUUUCAAUCUGGGCGGCACGGUCGUCUCCUCGGGCUUUCAGGAGAACACCAUCCGCGCCGGUAUCGGCCUGAAGUUCUGA